UUAAGCCCCUCAUUCGAACUCCCAAGGAUAAGGGAGAAAGAGAGAGCCACACAACCAAGAAAGCAAGAGGAAGGGGAAGCUGCCGCAGGUUCGUUUUCCAGUGCGUAAGGUUACUUGUUUGCUUCAUAUCUCGAGUUAUACACAUCCAAAUAAGGCGUGCGAGAUACCCACAGAAAGCUCUCAAGACGAGGAAUCCGUGAAGGUCUGGUUUGCAUCAAUCGGAGUAGUGGAAGGCUUUCAAAUCGUCCGAGAAAAACACAACCUCGCGGAAUACGUUUUUGUAUUCAAAGUUAGGGAACGAUUUCGUCGGGAAACACCCGUUCUAGGGACUGUUUUUGUGUCUUCGGUUAGGAGUUGAACUAGCACUUUGAAGAGGCUGUUUAACACUCAAUUCCAAGCAAGGAAUCAGUCCUCAAUCUUUCUUGGCCGAGGCUUUGGUCAUUGGAUCGAGAAGGAAAGUUUUAAAGCUCAUUUGAGUUUCAGGUAGGACUUGAAGGUUGCUACCACGCCCGUUGCUUCGGGAAGAUCAAAGGAGGAGGACGUGGUUCUCCGCCAGACAGAGAUCAGAUGAAUCACGCCGAGUGUUUGAAGACAAGGAAGGCCAAAGCGGCCGCUGCUAAAGCCGCACUGGCGAAAGCCAAAAAUGCCCCCGCCUCGGAGUCCAACUCCUCGGCUUCUGACGCUGCCCGGCGAACUGCCGAGGGUGAGCAGCACCUGAUCGCCACUGUGCUGGCUCAGGGUUCUGGGGCUCCUGCUCUUGAAGCUGCCCUUCCACCGCCGGUCGUCCCGUCGAAGGCGGCCCCUCAAAAGGGGACGGAGAAAGUCCCCGAGAAGAGACAGAAGAGGGGCCGCGAGGCAGGCUCCGCCGGGCCCCUGCUUGAAGAUGCCGGCUCUCUACCAUUGAGCCGCCCGGCGGAAGAGCUUUGGAGGGAGAUGGCCCUCAAGGCCGGUCUCGAGCUGCCCCGCCGUUCGUCCUCUGAGGCGACAAGCGCUGCCCUGGCAGCCGCUCUUCAGUCCGGGCUUCUAGUCCUUCAGGCUGAAGCUGCCAGGGAGGCCGAUCUGAAGGAGGCCAAGGCUAAAGCUGAUGCGGCCGUUGCUGCGGCCCGGGAGGCCGCUCGUCGAGCGGAGGCGGAGGCGGCGGCCAAGGAGAAAGAGGUCGCCGCUCUGCUGGCGGAAUCCCGCCAGCAGCUGGUCAGCCUUGAGAAAGCUGGCUUCAAGCUUGUACCGGUGCAUCCUUCUGCAAGGGAUGCCAGUCCGGAGUGGCUGGUUGAUACCUCCGGCUAUCGGAACACCGGGGAGUUUAUGGACUCCGCCAGGGACUACUGCGCCGGGGCCUUCGGUGACGUAUUCUCCGCAGCAUUGGCAAAGAUCCCGCCCCGGCAGCGCUUGGCGAGCGGCGUGCGGAUCCUGGAGAGCUCCCCCCUGUCGCAUAAAUUCCUCUACGAGGUCGGCGACAGCUCCUUCGCCGCUGGCUAUAAUGAGGGGGUCAAGGCCACCCUUCCCAUCUUCUCAAGGCUGCAGGGGGCCGGCUUCGAGCUUGCCGCACAUACAGACGAUGAUCUGCUGCUCCAAGCCUUGGGGAAAUUGGGGAGAGACCAACGGCGGGAGGAGGCCAAGGCUAGGGGGGAAGUUCCGGAACCCCCGUCCCCCGAGCCCGAGGAAGAGGAAGAGGAGCCGAACCAGGGCGGCAGCCGACCGGAAUCCCCUUUCUUUGUAUAAUAUAAUUUGUAUUUUUCCGUUCA